GCCUUGAUCAUGUAUAGGUCUGGAUUUUGGACUGACCUGUGUCCGUUGCAGUCGUUCCCCGCCGAACGACCUUGCAAACGAAGGACGUGCCAUGGCGCUGCCAGUGCAACCGGAUACUAUCCCACUGGUGAUCGUCGAAGGCUUCUUCUGCAGCGCCGGCGCGUUUGUAUGGGGUAACUUCCACGAACAUUCGAACCAUGCCUGCCGCGCAGGCAGAAGAAGGGAUAGGAGAGUCAUCUUUGCGCGAGUCGGUCCGGUGAGCUCGCUUCAUGAUCGAGCUUGUGAGUUAUACUACUCCCUGGUUGGAGGAACAGUCGACUACGGGGACAAACAUGCUCGAUUACAUGGGCACAAACGCUUUGGUCGGACGCAUGACAGAGGGCUAUAUCCGGAGUGGUCGAAGCAAAGACCGCUUCAUUUUCUGGGGCAUUCCAUGGGUGGGCCGACGAUAUUGAAGUUACAAUGGCUCCUCAAGACCGGCUUCUUCGGUGUUGAGCAGUGCCCUAACAUGGUUCUAUCUGUGAACGCGAUAUCAUCCCCAUUUAGAGGCACACAGCUGGUAUACCUUUUAGGCGAAGACGCGGAGGACGCACCUGCAGUCCGGCGCUUUUCCAUGGGCUCCGUGCUCGCCGGCUGCGUCCAUAUACUAGCAUAUCUAGCUCCCAUCCUACCUGCGGGGUUGGACAUGCACGCACAUUCGCGCUCGUUGUCAUUCAAUGAAUCCUCUUUCUCGGUCACACUAAGGCAGCUGUGGCGAAGCGACUGGGCGGAGACCGAGGAUGCGGCGCCGUUCGACGUCACGUUUCAAGCAGCCCGCCGGAGAGAAUCCCAGCUGGAAGGCGCGGUGAAUCCAGGGACCUAUUACAGAAGCUACGUCGCUUCCAUGACCGAAGGGUGCCGGCGAGGCUCACCGUACGUACCAUUGCGCCACUUACUUACCGUACCAUUCCUAUACUUGUCCUCAUGGGCAAUGAACCUUUGCGACCGUUCUCUGCUGGGGCCUUUACAGCAGGAUACCACGGGUAGGGUCACCGACGGACUCGGCCAGGAAGGCUGCGUCGAAAGCAUGUUCACGGCGAACGACGGCGUCGUCCCCGUCUUCUCCCAAUGGCACCCGUUCGACUGCAGCGAGACAAAGUGCAGGCACGACGCGUACCCGCUCGACCAUAGCCGAAGAAAUGCGGACAGGCCUCGCGGCGCCAGAGAGACCGCGCCGCUGCACGAGGACCCAGAGAAUGGCGUCUGGCAUGUGUACCACAUAGAAGCCGCCCACCACGUCUCGCUCGUGCCGUUCUGGGUGGGGACGUCGAGGCAGAAAGCGUUCUGGAGGGACCUUGGUAGCUGGUUGUGUGCGAUCGAUGCCAAGCGUAGUGUAACGCAACCGUGAAAUCAACGGACAGUCUAGUACAAUCUCCGAGACGACCACUGUCUUGAUAAAGCGGAGCCGAGACUAGCUUGUACGU